GGGAGGUGGAGGAAGAGGGGACUCGGUGGAGUGGAGCAGCCGCAGUGAGGGCAGGGAUGGAGUGAGCGUGGAAGAAGUUUAGUUGGUGGUAAAGUGACAGCAGUGACUCAUAGAGUGGAUUAAACUCUCACAGCGACACUUCAAAGGACCUACAGGAGCUGAGUGUGAGUGGAGUGCAGUUACAUUUCAGUCUGCUUUCUGAAGUGAAACAUACACUGUGAUCAUCUGGGACUGGGCUGGGACGGUGCCUGUUAGCCCAGCUCUGUCCUGGUUUAUCCGUUAUACCCUGUACUCUCUGUUCUAGGUUCCCGGGUAUCACUAGCAAGAUGGAGUACACAACACUGUCCGGGCACGAGUCCCUCCAACACUAUACUGAUUCGGCUCUGGCAUCUCCAGCGGAGGAAUCAGACUUCUUCUAUGGAAUGGGAGUGCCACAGACAUUCCCCCCUCACUGGCCGGAGAUGGGUUCCGGACUCUCUCACAGUAUUGCUGCAUAUGGCAGAAGCCCUGGGACGUUCCCGCUGUAUCAGUCAAGUGUUUCUCCUUUGGGCACCCUGUCCUCACCCCCAUUGUAUACCUCUGCCUCAUUUCUGCUAAGCUCAGCUCCCCCAACUGAGCCUGAUGGAAGCCCAAAGUUCCUGGAGACACUGAAGACAGAGAGGAUGAGCCCCUUGACACCUGAUCUUCUGACCCUUGAGCCAAGAAGCCCCAGUAGCCAAAACCUACCUCAGAUGGGGUACAUUACAGGGAUGCAGGAUUUCAACAGUGGAUAUUUCCAAGGCACAGAGGACCGUGAGUGUGUGAACUGUGGGGCCACUGUGACUCCCCUCUGGAGACGCGAUGUAAGCGGUCACUAUCUGUGCAAUGCCUGUGGCCUAUAUCACAAGAUGAAUGGACAGAACCGUCCCCUAAUCCGACCCAAGAAGCGCCUGAUCAUCAGUAAGAGGGCCGGGACGCAGUGCAGUAACUGCCACACAACCACCACCACCCUGUGGAGACGCAACGCAAGCGGGGACCCUGUGUGCAAUGCCUGCGGACUGUACUACAAGCUGCACAAUGUUAAUCGUCCUCUGACAAUGAAAAAAGAUGGAAUUCAGACGCGGAAUCGUAAGGUAACCAACAAGUCCAAAAAGAAGAAGCAAGGGGAAAAUGCUUUUGAACUACCGAAGGGGGCCAGCGAGGAGCCUGGCCUGUACUCCCUUGGGUCCCUUUUCCUUUCUGGAGGAAUUUCUUCCAUGGGACACCUAAUGCCAGGUUCUCCUCAACCUCACAUGAUGACACCAAGAGUUCAACAUUCUCCACCUCUCGCCUACCGACCGCACAUGAUGUCAGGAGCCUCAUCAGCUCUCGGCUAAAGAAUUGGAGGAGCAUCCUGGCACGCUUCUCGCACAAUGCCACCUGCAGCGCCUCCCCUUUGCCACUGUGACACGUGCCAUGUGUCCAAUUCUGCCCCUGGCGGUCACAAAUGCAGUAAAAGUUCCUGUCGUCUGCCCAUGUGUGCCACAUAUUACUACUGCUUGGUGACUCGUGGUAACAUGUACGGCUUUGCACACCGUGAUACUGACUGGAAAGAGAUUAAACUAUCAUUUUUACUGUAUUCCCAGCUCCCCACGUACCAACUGCCUUCACACCUGCCAAAAGGAACUUAAUAAUAGGCCAGUGACUGUAACCAGGAGCCCUCUACCCCAACCCCAUUAUCACCAGCUGUGCCAUCUCUACAGAUAUCCCUUGCC